CAUCAGUUUGCUAUUGGCGUUGUGUGUAUUAGAAAUUCGAGCAUUCUGUGAAGCAGACGGCGAGGGUUUCCUGUGUGCAUGCAAUAUAAGAAGACAGCUAAGAAUGCUGUGUGACGCCUGGCUCCUUCACGUGUCCUCCUCACACUUGUAACUUCUUUACCGCAUUGAACUUAUUGUAUAAUGCAGUGACUGCUCUUAGGCUGUCGUGGAACAUUUCCUCUAGAGAUGGGCACUGUACAGAAGCAAGUUACAACACUGGAAUCUAAAGACAAGCUCACUUAUGUUACUUGAUGUCAUCCCAUAGAAUAACCGUGCAGUCAUCCUUCUUUAUUCAUGAAAAAAGCCUUCCUGGAAUCAUGGAUGACAGAGCCAACAAGUUGAUUUUGGCCCCAAUUUUUGCUGUACUCUUUGUGAUGAUUGUCUAUCAGUAUAUAUGCCCCACGGGGACCAACUCAUGGUAUUUUCGGGCAGGCGACUCGUUGAGGGGGGCAGCCCAGUCCUCUGAGCUUCCGUCCAUGGGAGACGCUCAGUGGCAGGGGGAAGAUGAUGAUAGUGAAGUUCCUGAGGACAAUAUUCCUCAGAAAUUCCAGCCGACCUUCAAAUUUAUGGCCAAAGACCUCUACAGGUUUGUGGAUUUUAACAUCAAAGGGGAUGAUGUGAUUGUUUUCCUGCAUAUACAGAAAACAGGAGGCACUACUUUUGGGAGGCACCUGGUAAGGAAUAUCCAUCUGGAGCAGCCCUGUGAUUGCAAGCCAGGGCAGAAGAAAUGCACCUGCCACCGUCCGGGGAGGAAGGAGACCUGGUUGUUCUCUCGCUUUUCCACAGGCUGGAGUUGCGGAUUGCAUGCAGACUGGACUGAGCUCACCAACUGUGUACCGGCUAUCAUGGAGAAAAAGGACAGUCAGAAGAACCACAGGAACUUCUAUUAUAUCACAAUGUUGAGGGAUCCUGUAUCUCGCUACCUGAGUGAAUGGAAACAUGUCCAGAGAGGUGCAACUUGGAAGGCUUCACUACAUGUCUGUGAUGGACGAAGUCCAACACCAGAUGAAUUGCCUACAUGUUAUCUUGGGGACGACUGGUCUGGAGUCACAUUACAAGAGUUCAUGGACUGCAGCUAUAACCUGGCUAAUAACCGCCAAGUGCGGAUGCUUGCUGACCUUAGUCUAGUUGGCUGUUACAACUUAACUUUUAUGAAUGAAAGUGAAAGGAAUGACAUUCUUCUACAGAGUGCCAAGAAUAACCUUAAAAACAUGGCUUUUUAUGGUUUGACUGAGUUCCAAAGAAAAACACAAUUUCUAUUUGAGAGAACAUUCAAUCUCAAGUUUAUUUCUCCAUUUACUCAAUUUAAUAGUACCAGGGCCUCAAAUGUGGACAUUGAUGAGUGGUCACGUAAACGGAUCAAAGAACUUAACUACUUAGACAUGCAGUUAUAUGAAUAUGCUAAGGACCUUUUUUUACAACGUUUUCAGUAUACCAGACAACUAGAGCAUCAGCGUAAAAGAGAAAAGCGAAAGGAAGAAAGGAGGCUUCUUAGGGAGCAUAAAGCCCAUCCAAUUUACAAGGAAGAAAAACCAACAGACAUUGCAACUACUGAAGACUAUAACAGUCAAGUAGCAAGAUGGUGACAUUUCCAACUUUUUAUUUCAAAAUGAAAAUAGGCAAAAUUUUAAAAAUUUGUUAUCAAGGAUUUUUAAAAUCUUUUCAAUUUGAACUUUUGAAAGGGAAAACAAAUCUAUUCAUGAAAUAAAUAUUUAAUAUAAUGUGGAGGAAUCGGUGGAAGACUUUUACAGCAGUUUCCUCAAUGAGUUGCACUUACAGUUUAUUUGUUCCAUGGAAUGUCACCAUUCAGUAUAAGGAUUAUUCUUCAGACUUCUCCAAUUUCUUAAUUUGUGACAUGGUCUUGUUGUCAUCUGUCAUUACAGGUUUUUAAGACAUAAAAUGUAAACAUAAAACACGCAGGUAGAAAUUGUGGAAAUAUCAAAUGGACUUCUGUGCACUCUUCAAAUGUUUGCUUGUUUCCUUUGUUUGCAGUUGAUUGAACUCUACAUUUUCAAUGUAUAAAAUUCUAACUAUUUUUAGGUGGUGUGAUAAGAUGAAAACUAAUGUUGUGUUUCAUUCAAAGAAAGUAUGUGGAUAAUAAAAAUAUUUAUAGUAAUUCUGAUUAAGUCCUAUGAUUGUCAUCUUCUAUAUCAGAUACAGUGAAACCGCUUUGAGAAGGUCACACAAAAUUGCACUGAAAUGGGAUCUUUCAUGGGGGUGGUCUUCUUAAGGAAAAUAGUCACAAUGCCUAAUACAUGGUGAACUGAAAAUUUUUCACAUAAAAUCUGGUCUAGACAAGGGGUGGUCCUUUAGAGAGAUUUCACUGUAUGUCUUUACGGAUGCAUCACAUGAUAAAAGUAUUAACAGAUGUUUGUAAAUACUCGUAAAAUUUCAUAAACAUUUUGAAAAAAUAGCAAACAUGAUUAAAUGAUAACUGCAGUCUUUCAUACCAUAAAAGAAAAUUUAAUAUACAUAUAUUAGUUCACAGUUCUGAUUUCAUCAUUAUCUUAAAGGGAAUAUGUCAGCUCUAUAUCAUGCUCAGCUCUGCAGACACAAGCAAGUUAUUGUUUUCCUUCUAAACUGAAGAGUUAUAGAGGCCAAACUGAGCUGCAGCAUACAAACCUUCCUGCUACCCUAUCCCUCCAUGACCUGUUCGAUUGAUGUACAAGCCUCAGUGUUGAAAGCUAAAACCUGUUCAUCAAUCAUUGAGAGCAGAAUGGAGUGGGGGAGGGAGAAAGCCUACAUUCUGCAGCUCAACAGGGCCUAUGUGACUCUUAAGCUUAUAAGAAAAACAUGUUUUUAUAACUUUGCAAAGAACCAUCAGCUAAGAGACAGGUAGCGUAUGUUUUAUCUCCCUCUUAGUUAUCUGCCCAAGUCUGCAGCUCAGAGCGUGAUAUAGAGAUGAUAUAUUUCUUUUAACCUUCAUAGUUAACAUUUAGUAGACUCCAUUAUGUUGAUCAUGCAUAAUCUGCUUGAAACAUUUCUUGCUAUUUUUGUUGAACAGCACCUUCAGUGUGAAUGAUCAUAAAAUGUUUUGGGUAUGCUGAUUUUGCUUAUUUUUGUUUUUAAUAUCUAACCAAUAAUAUUAAUUUUUAUGUGGUCAGAAUUGGAGUUUAUGUGGGGGUGUUAUGGUGGAGGACUGUUGCAGUAGAUAAUUGAAUGCUAGCAGAUUUAUUAUGAAAACAGUGCUUCCCUAAUAGCACAAAAGAAUGUUAAAUGGGUAUUUCCAUCUCAACAUUUAGAGCAUACUUAGUGGAUAUGUAAUAAAAUGUCUGAUAGAUGUGAGUUCCACCCCUGGGAUCCACAUGUGCUAAGCACACUUUAAGUAACUCCUCCAGGGGUAAAUAUAAGUACCAUAGGCUAGAUUACGUUAUAGAAACAAUGUUUUCUGCAGUGUUAUACCGUAUUCCCAAUAAUCUAUCAUGUGGUUAUACCAUAUGUCAAGGUGGAAAUACAAAUACCCCUUUAAGGGAGUGUCCAAUUAAAAAAAACAAUGGGGGACAUUUAUCAUGACUGGCAUACACUGACCAAAUGUCCCAUCAUGGUUUUGUAUGCAACUGCUUUGCGCCAAAAAGAUGUGACUUUUAGGCAGUUUAUGGUGCACUCUAAAUAGAUACCCUUGAAAAAUUCCUUUCAGUACUAGAGAUGGGAUAGCCUGGAGAAAGAAACUGAAAAAUUGGGAGAAAAAAAAAACUUUUUUUUUCUGUUAUAGUGAAAAAGAAUUGAAAAAGAAUUGAAAAAUGAAAUUAUAUAUGAUCUUUUAUAAUAAUAAAUAAUAUGUUUAUAACAUGCUAUUCAAACUAUGUAACAUUUAGACUUUCAUGGAAGACAUCUGAGAAGCUUUGCAUGUUCUACAGUCUCACCUGAAAACAAGCAAAUCCUAGAACAAUUCAUAUACUGAGAAUGCAACUUUUAAAGAAGAACAAUAUGCAUUUCUGUCUCUAGGGGCACUGCAGGGAGGUUUGAGUUUAGUUUGGUAGUUGCUGGGCUCCAUCUUGCUGGCAUUCCAGUAGUUGACUGUUUCCAUCCUCUCAGAUCAGCCUUAAUUGACCUUUCUCUAUCUGAUUCCUAUUACUGUUUUCCCCCAUCACAGAUAAUGUUUUAACAAUCACAGAUAAUGUUUUUCCCCAUCACAGAUAAUAUAAUUUUCCCCCAGCACAGAUAAUGUUUUCUCCCAUCAUAGAUAAUGUCACAGAUAUUGUUGUCUAUUUUCUGAGUCUGGCUGACUAGUAAAUUUUCCUCCUCUCAGUAAAAUAAUGAGACCAAUAUGCAGCAUUAAAAUGUUUUAAACUU